AUGGCCUCCCAGCCCCAGGCGUGCAGCCUCCCGAUCCACACCGCGCCCUCCCCCGAUGCCAAGCCCCUGGACGACGACGACCUCCGCCUGCGCAGACGCCGCCGCCGCUGCCGUUGCAUCUGCGCCCUGGUCACCCUCGGCGUGCUCCUGCUGCUGGGCGUGACCCUCCUGGUCCUCUUCCUCACCGUGCUCCGCGUGCGCGACCCCAGCACGCGCGUGCUCUCCGCCCGCUUCGUCGGCCCCGUCCCCAGCCUCGCCCAGCCCAACUUCACGGUGCAGCUCACCGCGGCCGUGCACAACCCCAACCGGUUCUCCUUCUCCUACGCCUCCGGCGCCGCCGAGCUCUGGUACCGGGGCACCCACGUCGGGGACGCCCAGGUUGACCCCGGCCGCAUCCCUGGCAGGGGGGACGAGACCGUGCAGCUGGACAUGACGGUGCUCACCGCCAGCUUCACCAAGGACAUGGCGCAGCUGAUCAAGGACAUCGAGGCCGGGACGCUGCCGCUGGACGCGAGCGCGAGGAUCCAGGGGAGGGUGGCCAUCUUCGGCGUGUUCAAGCUCAGCGUGGUGGCCUACUCCGACUGCCACGUCGUCGUCGGAUUCCCGAGCAUGGACAUCCGAGGCCAGGAGUGCCACGACCACGCUAAGCUCUGA